AGGGGCAGCGGGGCGGGGGCCGGGCCGGGCCGGGCCGGGCCCGGGGCAGCGGCUCACGUCUGGGCUGCUGGGCGAGCUGAAGGCUGGGCGAGGACGAGGUGCAGGGGCCUGCGCGCAGGUGUCGCGUCCCCGCGGAGCGUGAAGCCCCCGCCCGCCAGCCCGGCCGCGCUCGCCUCCGGCGCCCGGUCCCCAACCGGCGUCUGGGACACUUCCCCAAACUGGGAAAUAGUUCUGAGUGAGAGGAGGGGAGGAGCUUAGGGGGGCCGUGCUUGCCAGGCUGGGAAGCUGGCUUUCCCUGUGACUGGUCUAGUGGGCUGGGCUGGGCAGCCCCUGGGCGGGGAAGGGAGGGAUGCACCCUGGCCGGAGGGAGUCAGUGGCAGAAACAGGGGUGCCUGGAUUCUCCAGUCCCGGAGGGCAGUGGACAGGGCAGGGGCGAGCAGGUGCAGCUCUACCAGGAAACUCCAAUGAGACGGGGUGGCAGGACUUUGGCAUCCGGGGAGUGAGGUGCUGGUGAGCAGGCCCUGCCCCUUUGGCAGACUGGCCUUGGGGUUUGGGUCCAAGCCCUGCAGGUGGCGGCGGCUGUGAGGCGGAGGGCACCUGGACCUUGGGGCACAGCCAGUGGGCUGGUGUGGGAGGCACGCGGAAGGCGCUCCGCUCCCCAUCACCCCAGAGCUGUCCCCCUCAAGGCUGGGCUCUGCGCUGUGUGGGUGUUAGUGAAGACUGUGGCCCCUGUGGGUGUCGGGACGGGGCUGGGGGCAGCCUGAGGGUGGUGUGGCCUGGCCUCCAGACCUUCCCUGACUGUGGGUGGCUCCUGGCCUCCAGGGGCGGGGGUGUCUUGUCUUGACCAGAGCUGCCUAUUCUUGCCUAGGGGUUCAGGGCUAGGUCAGGCGGCCUUGUGGUCCGUCUUCAGGGAUCCCCCCCCCCCACGCGCACUCACGGACACACGCACACUUAGCCUUGGGCUCAUCGAUGCCAGACGUUUGACACCUCAGCUGAUCUUUCCGCGCAGUGUUACACCUGAGGAAUGCAGAUUCCCGAAGGGCUGCCUCUCUAAGUCUUCUCCUUUAUUCUUCGUGGAAAUUGAGUCGUUGGGUGUUCCCAGAAUGGCUUCCAGCGGCUGGGGGAUCUCGGAGGAGGUGGUGAAGGCCAGGCUAGGUUGGGGCCACUAGAAUUUGGGGCCAGGGCAGGAGCAGGGGCUGGCUGUGUUGCUCUUGCCACCUGUCCACAUCCUGGUUUGGGCCCAGGUAAGGGGUGGCGCUGUCUGAACCCGUCUUUCCCUUCCCAGCUGGCUGUCAGCCUGAGGAGGUGGCCCAGCGUGCCCUGGGGAUUCCAGGCUGUUGGGACCGCCCGAGCCCUCUUCACGAGGUGGCUCAGCCUCUGGGGAAGGGGAGCGGGGAAGGAUGAUGGAGCCUGUGGGACGGGGAAAAGUGGAAGCUUCUCCUUAAUCCAGCCUCCCGGGUACCCUCCCUCUGGCUUCUAGGGGGUACCCUGAGUUGUCUCUAACAGUCCCUCCCCAAAGGCUAUCGCUGUCACACCUGUGUGUGUCCCAGGUGGGCAGAGGCCGGGUCAGGAGCCUGAAGCAGGGGCUUUGCGGAGACCCGCCCCUCCCCCACCGCACGCAGACACACGCUGCACCUUUGAUUGGGAGGCGAGUGGCUGCACUUGUGCUGAGUUCAGGCCUUCUGCAGAGGGUGAAAUCUGUCGAGGAGGCACUUUUCAGCUCCCAGCCGCCACGCUCGGCACUUCUCUGCGUGAUCUCUUCAGGAAGUCACCGUUGUGCUCAGCAUUCGGGGGUGGAGGGAGGAUGGCUGGCGGGAAAAGCUGGUGCCCGGGCUGUUCCUUUGGGCUGACAACGGUUAGACCCAGGGGAGUGUCCCUGUACCCUGACUCAGACUCGAGGCUGGGGGAGCCCCCGGGGUGGGUCUGGGGCCCUGGGGAUCUUCUGGCCUCCAGCUGGUGCCUUCUCCAUCCUCUGCUCUGGAACAGCCAUGGGACCAGCCUCAGGGUCUGCCUCAGAGCCCUGGGGAACCUGGCUGUGGUGAGGCACGUCCCGGGACUAGGACGGGGCUAGGUGAGGUGGCCGCUGUACCCCGAAGCCGCUUUGCACUUCACCUCCCCCACCUGUGCUGUAUCUCCCCAGUGAGGGUGAGAAAGCCCCCAGCCCAGGGCUACCUGCAGAGCUUGUGACCUCCUGCAGCAGGGAGACCACGGUCCUUCUUUUCCUCCAGCCACUUACCUUUCUGCACCGAACCUGAGUGCCUGCUUGCCGUGCCCCCGGGUUAUGACGACCCCCAAUAAAGGAAACAAAGCCCUGAAGGUGAAGCGGGAGCCGGGAGAGAAUGGCACCAGCCUGACCGACGAGGAGCUGGUGACCAUGUCGGUGCGGGAGCUCAACCAGCACCUGCGAGGCCUGUCCAAGGAGGAGAUCAUCCAGCUGAAGCAGCGCCGGCGCACGCUCAAGAACCGCGGCUACGCUGCCAGCUGCCGCGUCAAGCGCGUGACGCAGAAGGAGGAGCUGGAGAAGCAGAAGGCGGAGCUGCAGCAGGAGGUGGAGAAGCUGGCCUCGGAGAACGCCAGCAUGAAGCUGGAGCUCGACGCGCUGCGCUCCAAGUACGAGGCCCUGCAGAACUUCGCCAGGACCGUGGCCCGCAGCCCCGUGGCGCCGGCCCGGGGCCCCCUCGCCGCCGGCCUGGGGCCCCUCGUCCCCGGCAAGGUGGCCGCCACCAGCGUCAUCACGAUAGUAAAGUCCAAGACGGACGCCCGGUCGUAGGGACGCGCGCUUGCCCGGGCGGGUCUGCGAGGGGCCACUAGGCGCAUGGCGAGUUUGGCAGCCCUGUCCCUUCUUUCUCCUCUCCUUUCCUCCUCUCCCGCCUCCUCCCUCCCCUGCAAAGCACAACCUGCACCCCGGGGGCGCCGGGCUGAGCCCCUCUGAUCUCGUCGUUGUCAUCGUGUGUUUUGUACGUUGGGAUUGGUCGGUUCGGCGGUGGCGUGGGGUCACCCCAGUCCCCUUUGUACCAAGGCCGUGCAGGCUUGGAGUCCAGGGCUGGCCCCGUGGGAACAGAGGAACACCGGACGCGCACUCUGGGGCUUGCGAGUUUGAGCAGGGAGGGCUCCAGGGCAGGGGGCCGCUGGCCACUCCUGGUGGCCCACAGCCCUGACCGCUGCCGGCUGGCAGGGGGCUGUGGUUCACUCUCAGUGCGGCCAACGGGCAUAGAUGGCCUCUGCUCCUACGAGUAGGGCAUCCUCGAGGGCCCUGCAUGGGCGGGCCACCAGCCUGGGCGCCACGGGCGCUGGGAGGGACAGGGCGUUCUGUGGCUGUGGGCCAGGGGCCACGGCGCUCGAGCCUGACGCAUUGCACUGAACAAGACCAAAUCACUGGUUGUGAGCAUACGUGAAGGGUGUGUCCCGUGUCCUGCGAUGGGUCCCGUGUCACUGUUUACAUGAGCUAUUUGUGUGGUUACAUAGCCCUUUAUUUAAAAGAGAGGAGUUCCUUUUACGAAGUUAUUAAAUUAUAUGUUUAAAAGCUAAAGAAAAAAGAGCUGCAGAGUAUUUAUAAAACUGUCUUUUUAAAAAAAAAAAAACAAGCAAGAACAUUUGACCGUAUAUAUGGACACGGAAGGAAAGUAUAAUAGAAACUUUGCUAGUUUAACAAAAGAAAAAAAAACAAAAAAAAUCCCUUUCUUGUAAACUUAUGGACAAGUCUUUGUGGCUGUUGGAGUUUAGUUUUUAUAUACACAGAGUUAUCAGACGUUAUUUAUAAAACUUAGUUUUAAAAAAGACAAAAAAAAAAAAAAAAAAAAAGCCAAGCCGUGAGCGACCACAAGGCGCGUGCUGGCGCCCUCUUUGCUAUCUCUUUUGCAAUUGUACCGAAAGUGACUUACUCCCUUGCCCUUCCUGCUUCCGUCUCUUGCCGGUGCCGUGCCGUGCCGUCGUGCUGUCGUCUGAGCCUGGUGAGGUCUUGUGCAGCGUCCCGUGCUGGUGCUUCUGGUGACCUUUGACCUGUGGGUGUCACUUCUUGUGUCUGUUAUUCCCGUGUCUGUUUUUUGGAUUUGGUUGUGUUUUUGCUUCUGCUGGCUUGCUGGGCCUGCACUGGGUGCUGGGCAGCUCCUGCUCCGGCAGGGCCCGGGGAUCUGCCCGCCAGCCCGGCCCCCUCUGCCUCGGUGCCUGACCCAGGACCCCAGAGGAUCAGAUACGGGGCUCUGCCGCUCUCACCUCUGCACAGCCUUGGCUUCGCAUGUCUCUGGAAGGCUUGGGCUGAACCAGUGGCCGGGUGGGUGAGACCAGGGGCCAUCCCAGAGCGCCCCCCGGACCCACCGCUUCCGUGCCCACCGCCUCUGGCCAUGGGUGACAGACUAGCAGGGACCAAGGAGUCACUAGGUGCCCCCAGGUGUCUUCCUUCUGGCCUCUCGUCAACACGCGUGGGUUCUGGCCGUCGAGCGCAGCCUUGUUCCUGCAGGCGUCACGUGGGCCCCAUCCGGGGAACCCUAUGGCCCAUGUGGGAGUGUCGAGGCCUGCUGCCCACCUAUCCUAGCCGUGCUUCCAUGCUGUGAAGGGAUGCUUCCCGGGAAACCAGGUGGUUUGGGGCUUGUCUGGGGUGGCCCCUCUCCCUGCCUGCGGGCCGGAGUGAGGGGGGUCUCCACCAGUGUCAGACAAGGGCUACAGUCUCCGGGGCCAGGUCCUGUCCCUCACCUCGCCCUGAACGUGCUCCGGCUCUUGGCUGUGGGCCACUUUUUGCCUCCCUUUGGGAUCUGUGUCUUCCAGGGAUGCGCUGCUCAGCUUGUGGAGGUGCAUCUCUCCGGGGCUGAGCCCACCUCCUCAUGGCCCCUCGGCAGAGGCAGCUAGUCUUCCAGCCCUGGCUCGGGAAGCUCCUCCUAGGCCUGUGACGGGAGCUGCCUGCGGUGCCUGUCCUCAAGAGGCUACUGCCCGGUCUCUGGCCACAUGGGUCUCGGCUUCUCCUGGAGGUCGCUGGGCAGCUUCUCUGGGGGCUUGAGCCCCUAUAAAGCACAGAGGUGUGGGCUGGUGAAAAGAAUCUCACUGCAGCCUGGUGGGGCAUGACUUUGUGGGCAGCAGGGUUUCCCUCCCCGGGUGUGACCCGGGUGCCGUGGGAUAGGAGCAGGGCCAUGCUGUCCGAUUCUAUCUUCUCUUGGCCCUAGAUGCUCCCCGGUCCCGGUUGGACUCGGGUCGGCCUGCCGUGGAGAUUCUGACCGUUGACUCUCAAUACUUAGUGGCUUCCUGCCCCUCCCUGCUGUGUGGCUUUGUCUACCUAGGGUCCAGAUGAAAGUUGUCGAUGUUGGUUGUAGCGGCACUGAUUUGGAAUCCCAUCCUAAGAGUCCCUGAAGAGAGGGAGAAGCCCGUGCCCUCCAUAUCCGCUUCUGGUCCCCACUUUGGUCCUGGCUAGGAGGCAGUCAUGCAUCUGCCAGGCUGGAGACUUGGAGAGCAGAGGAAGGAGACAGGCUUGGAAGGUGAGAGGCGGGCUGUGGGGGUGGGCACCGGGAGAAGACCAAUUGCAGAUCGGAUUUAGGUAAUAGAAGAAGCUUCUAGAGUUAGUGAGGCCAUGCUUCCUUUCAUGGUUUUUGGAUUUGGAGCAGCUGUUCCUUGGGUCUGGGGGAACAUCCCGUUCCCGUCAAGCCCGCCCGGCGGGGCCACUCCGCACUCUGCCCCUUCCCUCCCAUCACCUUGGUUUCUUGACAGGUACAGCCUGUGUCCACAUGUGACUGCUUUGGUGUCUUUCUGAUUCUUGUUAAUUUAGUUUUCCUACUGUGACGGUGUCGUGUUCUUUUUCCCGACUUUUCUGACACAGCGAAUCGAGGGCUUUGGCAGAGGCCAAGUCUCCCAAACUUGCCCGCUAAGUAAACCAUGAUGUGCACCUUCCUUCCCAUCUUGCCCUCACUCCUCCCUUAUCCCAACACGGACACUCAGAUUUCAGAGGAGAGCCUGGUGGGAACAGGUCAGCUCCUGCCCUGAGUAUGACCCCAGGGAGACCUCCCCGUGGCCCUGGCUUGCUGCUCUGGGUGGCACUGCUGUUUGUCCAGGUGAGGAGGUGUGGCUGCUCAGCCGUGUGGUGCUCUGGUUUCUGCCGGAUGCCAGGUCUCCCCUGGAGGCUUUUCUGCUCUUGCUCCAGGUCUUUGUGCACACCGCUGAUGGUCAACAGCAGCCUCUGUGGUCAGCGCGUGAGCCCACGGCUCUGAUCGGCUGCGGCCUGCUUUGGGACAGGUGGUCAAGCCCCCUCCUGUCCCUGUCGCCUCCCCUCUCUGAGGUGGCCAGUUGGCUCAAGCUCCCAUCCACCGCUGGGCAGCCCAAGCCACAGCCUGCAGCGCCGUUUCCGCUCUGGGAUCUUGUAAGUUGCUGUUUUAGGCUGUGGUUUGGUGAAAGGAACCAACACGGUAACGAUCCGCCCCCCCCCCAGAAGCCACUGAAUAACUCUUUCUGGCGCGUUUUUGCCUUCCUGUUGGCCGUCUAGUUUUGGAGCAGGCCGGGAGACGUGGAGGGCACAGGAGGCAGGGCUGCGGCCUGUCCUCCUGCAGGCCCGUGUGUUUUGAGCGUGUGCUGUCCCCGUGGGCCGGUCACCGGGUCUCCGCCCCGCGCUGGCGCAGCAGCCUUGGUGCGCGGUGCCUGGGCAGCCCGAGCAGGAGGGGAGCGUGCCCGGGGAGCUCCGAGGGGCCGGCCCUGCCUCCCUCCCCCGCACCCCGCACCCCGCACCCCGCAGCUCCCUGAAGCCUUUAACCAAACGGGGGUGGGUGGCGCCGCCGUGCAGCCCGGUGCCCGGCUGAGGGGCUGGGUGCGGGGAGUCGCCGAGGGCUGGA